AAAAGACAUGUUAAUGGUCAGCCAAUAAGCCCGAACUCCAACCAAACACAAACAACAACCCACUCGGAGUUGCGAGUGCUCACUGAUCUGCUCACUUUUCACCUCACUCUUAACUGCUUCCCCUUCCUUCUUAACAAUUAGGUUAAGAAUCUCUCUCUCUCUCUCUCCCCCCGACUUUCUUCAAUUUUCGAAGCUUCAUAUCCUUCGAGUUACAACCUGCGAUUUGCUUUUCCGAAAUUCACCUUUGUUUCGAAUGCAAAUAAAUUGAUCAAUGUCUCAACCACCACUCUCUGCUGCCGAAACAACGCCUACUUCUAUGCCUAAUUCUUCUUCUUCUUCUUCUUCAACUCCUGCAUCAUCACCGGCGCCACCAGUCUCUUACGCCCCUCAUCAAAAUGUUAACUCUUCUGCGAAUUCUCAGCAGCAACAGCAGGCGUCACAUUCUGGGAUGAACCCUAAUUCUGUCGUCAACCCUCCAUUUCAUACUCACACCCCACGUCCCGCUGCCCCUUCAUUUUCAUAUAAUUUUCCCCAAAGUGCGCCGCCAGCUUUUACUGGCAACCAACAUGGGCAAUCUAACACUAACAUGCCUGAUUCCGUCACACAAGAUUUUAGUAAAGUGCCAUCUGCAUCAAUUAACUUACAUUCGGCUCCUGCUCCUACCUCUAUAUCCGCAAUGGCGCCUCGCUCUGACCCUAACUAUCGCCCAACUACUUUAUGGAUGCCAACUGCCCCAACUUUUCCCAUCCAUCCUGUAAUGCCUGGAACUCCUGGUACUCCUGGUCCCCCUGGAUUAACAAAACCUGUGAUGAUACCCUCCAAUCCAGCUGCUCCAUCUACAACAGGUUUUCCCUCAGCUGCAGUACCGAGACAAAAUAUGCCAACCGCAUCAGAUCCUAAUGCCUCACAUAGAGGAGGCUUACCCUAUCCACCCAUACCUUCCAUGGUUGCUCCACCUCAGGGAUAUUGGUUACAGCCUCCACAGAUGAGUGGUGUACUUAGGCCACCAUUUCAUCAAUAUCCUGCUGCUUUUCCUGGCCCCUUUCCAUUUCCAGCACGUGGUGGUGCACUCCCUGCUGUUCCAGUACCUGAUUCUCAACCUCCUGGUGUUACUCCUGUUGGUGCUGCCAGCAUUUCUGCACCCUCUUCUUCCAAUCAUCUGCUGAGGGGAACAUCUGGUGUGCAGACAGAAGUAAUUUCAGCACAUACUGAUGACAAGCACAAAUUAAAUGCCACUGUGACACAGAAUGAGGAUGCCGCUAAUGAUCAGCUAGAUGCUUGGACUGCCCACAAGACUGAAGCAGGGAUUGUAUACUAUUAUAAUGCUUUGACAGGGCAAUCAACAUAUGAUAAACCUGCUGGCUUUAAAGGGGAGGCUCACCAAGUUUCUGUGCAGCCCACUCCAGUUUCAAUGGUAGAUUUGCCUGGUACUGAUUGGCAGUUGGUCUCUACUAGUGAUGGGAAAAAAUAUUACUAUAACAAUCGAACCAAGACAAGCUGCUGGCAAAUUCCCAAUGAGGUGGCGGAAUUGAAAAAAAAGCAGGACAGUGAUGUUACAAAAGAUCAUCCAACGCCUGUUCCAAAUACUAAUGUAUUGUCUGAGAGAGGGUCUGGAAUGGUUGCUCUGAAUGCUCCUGCUAUUACCACUGGUGGUCGUGAUGCUGUAGCUUCUAAGCCCUUUAUCGUACAGAGCUCACCAUCGGCACUGGAUUUGAUCAAGAAGAAGUUGCAGGAAUCAGGAGCACCUGUUACAUCCUCUUCUAUUCCUACUCCAUCAGUGCAACCAGGAUCCGAAUCAAAUGGUUCAAAAGCAACCGACUCUACAGCCAAGAGCCUGCAAAAUGAUAAUAGCAAAGACAAACAAAAAGAUGCUAAUGGUGAUGCUAAUGUCUCUGAUACAUCUUCAGAUUCAGAAGACGAGGAUAGUGGGCCUUCAAAGGAGGAGUGCAUAAAUCAAUUUAAGGAGAUGCUUAAGGAGCGUGGCGUGGCACCAUUCUCAAAGUGGGAGAAAGAACUACCAAAAAUAGUAUUUGAUCCUCGUUUUAAGGCUAUCCCUAGCUAUUCUGCUAGGAGAUCCUUGUUUGAACAUUAUGUUAAAAAUCGCGCGGAAGAAGAACGCAAGGAAAAACGUGCUGCACAAAAGGCUGCAAUUGAGGGGUUUAAGCAGCUACUAGACGAAGCCUCAGAGGAUAUUGAUGACAAGACCGACUCUCACACUUUUCGAAAGAAAUGGGGAAAUGAUCCACGGUUUGAGGCAUUGGACCGCAAGGAACGGGAGCAUCUUCUGAACGAAAGAGUGCUUCCUUUAAAGAAAGCCACUGAAGAAAAAGCUCAAGCAAUGCGUGAUGCUGCUGCUGACAGUUUUAAGUCAAUGCUUAAAGAACAAGGAGAAAUAACUUUCAACUCUCGCUGGUCCAGGGUUAAAGAGAGUUUAAGAGAUGACCCGAGAUAUAAAUCUGUGAAACAUGAGGAUAGGGAAUUAUUGUUCAAUGAGUAUAUUUCCGAGUUGAAAGCUGUUGAACAUGCAGCAGAACGAGAGACCAGAGCUAAAAGGGAGGAGCAGGACAAGCUGCGGGAGAGGGAGCGGGAGCUGCGUAAACGGAAGGAAAGAGAAGAACAUGAAAUGGAAAGGGUACGCCUAAAAAUUCGUAGGAAGGAGGCAGUUACUUCUUUUCAAGCUUUACUUGUUGAGAGAAUCAAAGACCCUAUGGCAUCAUGGACAGAAUCGAAGCCUAAACUAGAAAAAGAUCCUCAAGGGCGUGCAACCAAUUCUGAUCUUGAUUCAGCUGACAUGGAAAAACUCUUCCGGGAUCAUGUAAAGAUGCUUCAGGAACGUCGUGCUCGCGAUUUUAGAGCUCUUCUAGCUGAAUUCUUGACUUCUGAAGCCGCGUCUCAGGAAACUGACGAUGGGAAAACAGUGCUUAAUUCAUGGUCUACAGCAAAGCGUCUUAUAAAAUCUGAUCCAAGAUAUAACAAGGUUCCAAGUGAAGAUAGAGAAGCCUUGUGGCGCCGGUAUGCAGAGGAUAUGAUUCGGCGGCAAAAAUCAUCUCAUGAUUCAAAGGAAGAAAAACAUACAGAUGCCAGAGGUAGAAAGUCUCUAGAGUCUUCCAAAAAUCCAUUGGAAUCAGGGAGAUCGCAUGAGAGAAGAUAACUUUGUUUGUAACUCUUGUAUUGCUGGCUGUUGUUUCCUUAAUUCAUAGAUUAGGUUUCUUGACCUUGAAGCCUGACAUUAGAACAGAAUAUAUUAUACAUUGAAGUUCUAAACGAUGUAGACAGUACAACACUCUUAAUCUUCAGAUCUUUUUGGGAUUAUAUGAAUAUCGUUUUAUUGUACAA